AUGGUGUCCAGUCUUUCCCUCGCCCUCGCGGCAUUUUCCUCUCUUUCCUACGCUUUGCAGCCCUACAAUGGCCCGGCGCCAGAGCUGCCUGACCGCAAGCCCUUCGGCUUUGGAGCAGCCGCUACUGGUGGCGGCACGCCCACGCCGAACAACACGUACCUGGUCGACAACAUGCCUGAUCUGCGCACCGUCCUGAAAAUGGAAACGCCGCGCACCGUCUAUGUCAAGGGCGAAAUCAAUGGCAACGAGAUCAAUGAGACGACGACGGGCGACUGCCAGUUCUAUAUUGAUGACAGCAACAACCCCAAGUUCAACUUCACGCUCUACAUCAUGGGCAUGAACGACACCUACACCGACCAGAUCAAAGCCGCCGCCGACGCGGGCCAACAAUUCGACGGCCAGAAUGCCACCGAGCUGCUUGACCUCAUCACGCGUCAGAAUGGCUGGCGCAGCCAAGUGCAAAACGUGCAAAAGUCGUAUGAAUCCAUCGACGCGGCAGGCAACCUGACGCUCAUCGGCUGGGAUUCCUCAGCGUACCUGCACGGCGUCAACCUGAACUUCAACACGCGGUCCAACAUCAUCAUGCGCAACAUCCGCAUCUCAUCGCCGCGCGACUGCUUCCCGUCGCCCGAGACGUACCCGAGCAGCUGGAACGCGCGGUACGACGCCGUGUCGAUGGUGUCGUCGCACACGGUGUGGUUCGACGGCAACGUCUUUGAGGACGGGCCCACGGCCGUGGCGCCCGACGACUUCCUGUGGGGGUGGAAGGUGGACCGCUACGACGGCCUGUUCGACGCCGAGGACGGCACCGACAACGUGACCUUCUCGCACAACGUCGUCGCCAACCACCACAAGUCGCUGCUGUGGGGCGGCGGCGAGAAGGAAGGGCCCCGAGACUUGGGCAAGAUGCACUUCACCGUCUUCGGCAACCACUUCAGCAACAGCAUGAGCCGCAACCCGCUGAUGCGCUUCGGCACCUUCUACAUUGUCGGCAACCUGUUCGAGAACUACGCCGAGCAGGAGCCGCUGUUCGACGACGACAGCGUUUCUGCGUCGUCGAACACCACCGCUGCCGGUGCUGCUGCUGCGGCCAACGAGACGUACAAGCCCAACUUCCAGUACAACCUUGGCGUGUACAACGCCUCGACCGUCCUCGCCGCCGCCAAUGCCUUCGUCCAGUCCGGCACGUACGGCGCGCAGGACUCGUCGCGCAUCUUCUCCUUCUCCGACCUGUCCACUCCUAACCUACCUGCGACGCUCUGCUCGCCUGCCGACAUCAGCAGCGGUAACUCUUCUUCCUCUCUUGAUGGCCUGAAGAUCAAGAGCACCUUCAACGGCGCCCCGAUCGACCUGCAGCGCAACGCUGAAAACACGUGGGCGUACGUGCGGGGAAAGGACGAUGACGGUGAGUUCGUCGAGGGCGGCUUCGUGACGGGCUGCGAGGGCUUCGAGGCCCAGGAGGUGCCGGUUGCGUUUGGGGCAGACGGUGCGGAGGUUGAGGCGUACGUGAGGAAGAAUGCGGGGCAGGUGGGAAGGGCGACGCCGUAA